AUGGACCGCUUCGAACGAGCUUGCUCAAGACUUCCUCCCAAACUAAGGCGUAAACUCCUAAGGUUUCGCAGCCGUCUACGCCAACCCUUCACACCCUUCAGGCUCCGGCAGUCGCUGCGCGUGCUCCGCGUCGUCCACGCAGAUGGUUACCACGAGUCCUUCCCCACGGCGCGUGCUUUCCUCCACCUCCUGCGUCUCCUCUUCCAGCUUCCAUGGCAUCACCCAUGCCACCUCCCACCCCCACCCAGCACCGUCAUGGCCUACCCACACCGCGAGUACUUCCCAACCCACCAUACCGCCCUCCUCGCCGAACGCCUGCUACCCCUCUGGCGAUGGCGCGACACGGCGCCGCGCUCCUUCUUCCGUCUCUACGAAGCUCUUUGCGCGAGCCACCACGAGUACAUCGGCUACGAGACUGAGUACUUCUGGUACCGCAACGACCCCGCCUGGACACCCGAGAUGCUGCCCGACCCGCGCCAGUUUGGAGAGCUAGCCCCCGGCGAGGAAGGCGAGCGGCAACUCGCCGUGCUCGCCUCGGCGGCAGAAGCCCUGGCAGACGCCUUCAACUGGCGUUAUAUGUAUGGCUUCCGGCGCGACCGGAACCAUGUUGAACCAUCCGUUGCUAUCCGGCCCGUUUACAAGGCGGUCUUCAAAGGGCCCGCUUGGGCCGCGUCGGUUCCGCGCUUGCCUACGUUCUUGGAACUGCUCCCAGUCGACCCUAAGUGGAAGGCCAUCGGUAAAGAUAAAGUGGUCACGUAUUCCGGAGAAUUGUGUCCCUUCUGGAAGCGUAACAUUUUUGCCGAGACCGCGGCACUAAGGACUGAUAGCUUCAGCAGGGCGGAGAUGGAGACAGCUCUGCAUUGGUUGGAUCGAGCUAUCGGGCAGUCAGAAAUCCUCGCCGACUUGAUUCCUAUCCAUAUGGUCUCAUACGGUGGUUUCCUUUCUGUCUGCCUCUUUGACAACCGGACAUCGACCAAGGACAUUGACGUGUUGCUCCCUUCCAACGUCCGAGAUUCAGAUGUCCACCGAAACGAGUUGGCCCGCUUGGUGGAGGGAGUCGUUGGGGAACUUGACUACAUGCCGGACUGGAUCAACGACGACUUGAAGCUCUUCGUUCCCAUAGAGCAGCGGCAGAAACUUUUAGAGGACAGCAUUGAGCAGGGAACGGUUGCCUUUAAGGGCGAUAACCUGACGAGAUACAACAACGACUUAUCGGACGCGGUCAAUCUGGUGCAUCGCCUCAAGGGAAGCUCAGCUCAUCCUCUGGACAAAUCUUGGGUGAAAGGGCUUGCGCGGUUUGGCCCCAACCCUUCCUUUAAGAAUGAAGAAGUCGAAAAGGUCUCUCAGGAGUACAUGGCGAGGUACGGCACACAAGGCAUAGCCGAGCUGGUGUGGGAUGGAACGGAAGAAAAGCAUAAGUAUCUGAAUUCGGCAACCAAGUCCCUGGACAGCUUAGUUUGCUACAAAAAUGAAAAGCGACCAAAAUGA